AGAAAAUCCCAGCCGUUAAAUUCCGAGUAGCUACCGUCUUCUUCUUUUUCUUCCUCUUCUUUCCCCAAUUUCGUGUCGCCGUUGCCCAAAACACAUUUUUGAUAUUAGGUUUCUCGUCUUUGCGUGCUCCAAAUAGAAACGAAAACGAAAGUACGAACCGCGAACCUCUUCUGCUGUAAAGGUUGAGGCUAUGGCCACACAGCAUCAACCUUCAAACGCUUUUUCCUUCCUUUCCAAGGGUUGGAGAGAGGUUCGUGACUCAGCAGAUGCGGAUCUACGGUUAAUGAAGGACCGAGCCAACUCGUUCAAAAACCUAGCCACCUCGUUCGACCGCGAACUUGAGAAUUUCUUCAAUUCAGCGGCUCCGGCGUUUUCCGUUCCGGCGAUGCGUUCUCCACCGCCAGCGGAGAUCGAAUUCGUGAAGAAAUUGCAGCCGAAAUUUUCGGAGUUUCGGCGCGCGUAUUCGUCGCCGGAUUUCAGCAAGAAGGUUCUGGAAAAGUGGAGGCCUAGGGCGAAGAUUCGAAUUGAUUUGUCGGCUAUCAAGAACGCAAUUGUGUCGGAGGAAGUUGGUGUGGACGGGAUUGUGGAUUUUGAGAGAGGUGUAAAGGGAAGGAGGUUGAAUUUUUGGGAAGGAUUGAAAGGUGAGGGUGAAAGUGAAACUAGGGAUUGGGAACCAAUUCGAGCGUUGAAAACAAGAAUUAAAGAAUUUGAGAAGCGUAGUUCCUCUGUUGAAAUUUUUGAUGGAUUCAAGAACAGUGAAUUUCUUGAGAAACUUAAGUCAAGCUUGAAAUCAAUUUGCAAGGAACCCCAAGAAUCAAAGGAAGUGCCUCCAUUGGAUGUACCUGAACUCCUGGCCUACUUUGUUAAACAGUCUGGGCCAUUUUUGGACCAACUUGGAGUCAGCAGAGAUAUAUGCGACAAGAUAGUUGAAAGCUUGUAUAGCAAACGCAAGAACCAAUUUCUACUGCAGUCUCUUUCCGAGGAAGAAUCUUCUUUACAUGGGAAUGGAAACAUAAAUGAUGAAUUGGAUUUGCGAAUAGCUAGUGUCCUUCAGAGCACAGGGCAUCGAUCUGCAAAGCAGGACUUGUCUAACAAUGAAAGACAUGUUGCAAUAGUCACAACCGCUAGUCUUCCUUGGUUGACGGGAACAGCUGUAAACCCACUAUUUCGAGCAGCAUAUUUAUCACAAACUAAAAAGCAGAAAGUCACUCUGCUGGUUCCAUGGCUUUGUGAAUCGGAUCAGGAACUAGUUUAUCCCAGCAACCUUACUUUUAAUUCACCAGAAGAGCAGGAAGGUUAUAUACGUAACUGGCUUGAGGAAAGGAUUGGUUUUAAGGCAGAUUUCAAAAUUUCUUUUUAUCCUGGGAAGUUUUCAAAGGAAAGACGUAGUAUAAUACCCGCUGGAGAUACUUCUCAAUUUAUACCAUCCAGGGAUGCUGACAUUGCUAUCCUUGAAGAACCAGAACAUUUGAAUUGGUAUCAUCAUGGAAAACGUUGGACGGAUAAAUUCAACCAUGUUGUUGGCAUUGUCCACACAAAUUACUUAGAAUACAUCAAGAGGGAGAAAAAUGGGGCACUCCAAGCAUUCCUUGUGAAACACAUCAACAGCUGGGUUACAAGAGCCUACUGUAACAAGGUUCUUCGUCUCUCGGCUGCUACGCAGGAUUUACCCAGGUCUGUAAUUUGCAACGUUCAUGGUGUGAAUCCGAAGUUCUUAAAAAUUGGAGAAAUGAUUGCUGCAGAAAGGGAGCUAGGACAGGAGGCUUUCACAAAAGGGGCGUAUUUCUUGGGAAAGAUGGUAUGGGCAAAGGGAUAUAAGGAGUUGAUAGAUUUAUUAGCGAAGCAUAAGGCUGACCUUGAUGGCUUCAAGUUAGAUGUAUUUGGAAAUGGAGAGGAUGCUCAUGAAGUUCAAAGUGCAGCAAGAAGGUUGGAUUUGAAUCUCAACUUUCAUAAAGGAAGGGAUCACACAGAUGAUUCUCUUCACAGGUACAAAGUAUUCAUAAAUCCUAGCAUCAGUGAUGUGCUAUGCACUGCCACGGCUGAGGCACUUGCCAUGGGAAAAUUUGUAGUUUGUGCUGAUCAUCCAUCAAAUGAGUUCUUCACGUCAUUUCCCAACUGUUUAACUUUCAAAACACCUGAAGACUUUGUAGCAAAAGUAAAAGAAGCAUUAGCAAAUGAACCUUAUCCUCUCACACCUGAACAAAGAUAUCAACUUUCUUGGGAAGCUGCGACUCAACGAUUUAUGGAAUAUUCCGAGCUUGACCAAAUCCUGAACAAGGAAAAGGAUGGUGCAAAAUCAAGUACUGAUAAGAGAAAGCUCAUUGGCAAGUCAGUAUCACUGCCUAAUCUGACAGAAUUAGCUGAUGGAGGCUUAGCAUUUGCUCACUACUGUCUCACUGGGAACGAGUUCCUGAGAUUAUGUACGGGAGCUACACCUGGGACACGUGAAUAUGACAAGCAGCACUGUAAAGACCUUCAUCUCUUGCCCCCACAGGUGGAAAAUCCUAUCUAUGGCUGGUAAAUAGAUUGUGACUAGUUUGAAAUAUGUGGCUAAGAAAUAUUUGUGACGCCAGAUUAUGACAAGGCAUUGUAAAAAAGUUAUAAAUGGCUGGCGAAUAGCUGUAGUGCUUUAAAUUUGUAGUUUCUGCUUUCUGCUUGUUUAUAUUUGUUUGUAAUUAGGUGUCUGAUAAGUUUAUAAUCCAUAAUUUUUGUAGGUGUAAUUGUUUUUGCAUUUUUGUUAAGUGAUGUAGUUCAUUACUACUUUCAAAAGACACGUAGAACUCUAAUGUUGAGUUUUACCGUGUAAUAAUGGCAAAAAGAUCGCUCUUCCAUGUAACUUGUGAGAGUAAACGUAAUAAACAUGGACGAGUUUAACAUGGAA